CACGUUAAUUGAAUCGAGGGGGCGCUCGAUUACCCACGGUGGUGAGUUUGAUUACUAUCCCUAAUCUUAGCUCUCAUAUUUGACUGAGUAGGUGAUAAUUUAAUGCCUAAUACGGACUGUUCUAAAUGAGUACAUUACAUACAUUAGAAGGAAAACAGUAAAAAGUAAGUCCAGCGAACCGAGAUGGUGGCUAUGUGACGUCAGUUGUUCAUAAUACUUUGAAAAUUUGGGAGAAUGGGAAGAGCGACAAUCACACAACAACACUAAUUAACUGUAGUUUCAACUUUCAACAUAAAACCGCGGUUUAGUUUCUAACCUCAUCUCAAUCCAAACACUGGAUGGUUUCUGGUUAUGAUCUCUGGAGUCUAGAGUUCUAGCAAAAGGGGGUGAGGAGGAGAAAUGACAGACUUGAGAACUUCAACAGUAGAAACUAGUCAAACUAGUAACUCAGACAUUAAACAGCUGGCUUCGGGUGAAUUUCAGUCACUCUCCCGGGGCAGAGACGCCUUGCUUCAGCCUUUCCCUCUUCAUCUUCUUCUUGGAGACUGGCUUCUUCUUCUUGGGAGGCAGGGUCUUCUGUGCAUACACGUAGAGCGCGUAAUUCCCAAUAAGGAACGCCAGGACGAUGCUGCCGAUAACCAGCAACACUAUCAAUCCAGGGUUCAGUCCUUUAGCUUCCACAUUCUUUCCCUGUUGGUCAUAGCAAAUGGGAAACAGUAGUCAUUAACAUACAAUAUAUCAUAAGAUGGUUAAGGCUAGCUAAAACAUCAUCUAAACUUAUAGAACCAUACAUUGUUUGUCCUUUAACUUCUAUGAGACUUCAUGUACUAUCUAUAAGCUGUGUAAAGGCUACAAACAGCAGAGGGAUAAUCAUGAACAACAACAACCUGUAUAUCACGAUUCUUAUUACAAUUCAAAGGGCGGAAGAACGCAGACCAUAGACACGGAACCAAUUGGCGCGCAAAGAAACAAUAAAGAGGACUCCUACGCUCAGUUAAUCAAAGAGAUAGUUUGUCAAACAAUAAACACAUGACACUGUGCAAAAUGCCUGGAAAGCCAUGAGAAGCAAAGACUCCUCAUCAUUAUGCCAGCCAAAUCAGAGUGCAUCUGAAAUUUCAGCAUUACACAGGCAGCAACACGAAGCAGCAGUCGAAUAUAUACACAAGUAAUCAACGAUGACCCAAAAAAUUUCUUCUGCAUGUUAAUUCAGCGGCAUUGAUAAGAAGGGUUUAGUCAUCAGAGCCAACACACAAUCGAACCGAAUUUCACUAUAGUUGCUUUCAUUCGAAAAAGCAGACAGUUUGUCACAUGAUCCGAAAUCGGAAAUCCCAUGCCAGUGAACCAAAAUCCACAGCCAUGUAAACGAAAUCCGAAAUCGAAGAGGUUAAACCCUUCUGACAACAAGAGAAACGCCACACCUUAACUGGCAUAUCGAACAACCAAACACAAGAUCGCGACCAGGGCUAUGGAAUCGCAUCUGAUCAGAAUCGAGAUCUGGCGGAUCAACGUGGUAAAAAACCUAGAUUCCGUAAAAGCAGAUCUAAAUUUUUUGCGGAAAAGAAAAAAGGAAAUGAAACAGAGGGAAUCGCAGAGAGGGAGAGAGAGAGGCUUCAACGGAGUUUUACCAUGCGGUCGAACGAUGGAGUGGAGAACUCAAAAUCAUCGGCCAUCGGUCGUCGUCGACGAUCAGCUCCGCGUCCUGUGACUUGGCCGAGAGAAGAUUCUAGAGAGAGGAUGGACUCUCACUCACACGGAAUAACAACAAUGGCAGUAAAACAGUAGGCGUUUUAGAUUAGAGCUGUUUGAGGAAAACUUUCCUUACCGAUUUGAUCCCCAAGGUUUUCGAGCUCUCUAUUCAGCUACUUUUGUUUUUUGGUGUCUUUCGUUAAUUUUCCCGGCCCAGUUUCAACUACACGAAGUUGGAUUGCGUCUUCGGCUGGCCCAAUUCGACACGAUUACAGGAACAAAAAUUGUAACGGGCUCCAGAGUCCAGACCACCUUUGAUAAUAUUAUUAUAUAUAAACCAAAAUCCCAUUUACUGUUGCCUAACAAGUGUUUAGUUUAACUGGAAUCAAUUUGGGCUCAAGUACGUGGGCUUUGGUAUUCUAAUGUGUUGCGCUUAUAACUUGGCCUCAACCUUUUAUUCUUUUGUCAUCGUUUCGUUGUCUCCAUCGUUUUUUCGACAUCACACUUCCCUUCGAUCUACUAUUUUAACCUUGAACUUUACUUUUAUGAUGGUGGGGAGAGAGACGUACACUAGAAAUGUCAGUAAACAAAAUGGAUAUCUAUCAACUAUGAAAAAGAGUCGAGGGACAUAAUUAAAUUAAAAGAAAUGAUAAAUUAUUAUUAAUUAUCAUGAAUUUAGGAAUUAUAAUAAUAUCCAUAAUUAUGGAUAUCUGCCUGAAUUUAAUCCGAUCGGGAUGGAUAAAACCAUAACUAAAUGAAUUAUUCUUGGUGUGGAUAUUACAAGUGAUUGACAUGCAUAAUUUUAAUAAUAUUCAAUCUAAACG